AUGGAUAUACAUCUUCAAGAAAGUCAAACAGGAAUUAGAUUUAGUUGGAAUUUAUGGCCACCUACAAAAAAUGAGGCAUCAAAAAUUGAAGUUCCAUUAGGUUGCCUAUAUACUGUUUUAAAAAGAACAGAUGAUAGUAGUGUUAAAUUAGUCGAAUAUGAACCAUUAAAAUGUAAAACUAGUAAUUGUAUUUUAAAUCCAUAUUGUAAUAUUGAUUUUAGAAAUAAAACAUGGACUUGCCCUUUUUCCAAUACAAAAAAUCCAUUUCCAUUACAUUAUGCUGAGCAUAUUUCAGAAAAAAAUUUGCCAGCUGAUGUUAUGUAUUCAAAUAUAGAAUAUAUUCAACCAUCUAAUGUUGGAGAUAUACCACCACCAACAUUUUUAUUUGUAAUUGAUACAUGUUUAUUGGAAGAAGAAUUAGAGCAAUUAAAAGAUUCUAUUCAGCAAUGUAUUAGUUUAAUGCCAGGUGAUGCAUAUAUAGGAAUAAUAACAUUUGGUAAUAUGUGCUAUGUUCAUGAGAUUGGUUUUCAUGACUGUUUAAAAUCUUAUGUUUUUAAAGGAAAUAAAGAUAUUUCAGCUCAAGAAUUACAAAAACAAUUAAAUUUAGGAAGUAGAAAUGAUCCACGUAGUUCCACUACUUCAGCAUCUGCUCGUAGAUUUUUACAACCAGUAAGUGAAUGUGAAUAUAAUAUAAAUAUGUUAUUAGAAGAUAUACAAAAAGAUAAUUGGCCAACUCCUCCAGAUCAAAGAGCGAAAAGAUGCACAGGUGUUGCUCUUAGUGUAGCAAUAGGAUUAUUAGAAUGCUGUUGUAAUCAAUUAAGUGGAAGAAUAAUGAUGUUUAUAGGAGGGGCUGAUACUACGUCUCCAGGAAAAAUUGUGGAUACUCCAUUAAGUGAAUCAAUUAGACAUCAUUUAGAUUUACAAAAAGAGAAUUCUAAUGCUAGACAUGUUAAAAAAGCUUUAAAAUAUUAUAUGACACUUGCUAAUAGGGCUGUUGCAUCUGGUCAUGCUAUUGAUAUUUUUGCAUGUUCAUUAGACCAAAUAGGUUUGUAUGAAAUGAAAGUUUGCUGUGAAAAAACGAAUGGAUUUAUGGUAAUGGCUGAUUCUUUUUCUAUGAAUGUAUUUAAAGAUUCUUUUAAAAAAAUAUUUGAAACUGAUUCAACAGGUUAUAUAAAACAUGGUUAUAAUGCAAAACUAACUAUUAUAUGUUCAAAAGAAUUUCGUGUAUGUGGUGCUAUAGGUGCAUGUUCAAGUAAUAAAAAAACAGCAAACUAUGUAUCAGAUACUUGUGUAGGAGAAGGAGGAACAUGUGAGUGGACUAUAUGUGCUUUAGACAGACAAUCUACCAUUGCAUUUUAUUUUGAAAUCGUUAAUCAAAAUCUUGCUUCAUUACCUCCAAACAGACAAGCAUAUUUACAAUUUCAAACAUUAUAUCAACAUCCUAGUGGAAGGAGAAGGUUACGUGUAACAACAAUUUCUUAUAGAUUUGCUGAACCAAAUAUUGCAGAAAUAUCUCAAGGUUUUGACCAAGAGACUGCAGCCGUUUUAAUGGCAAGAUUUGCUGUUUUAAAAGCCGAAACAGACGAACCUAUUGAUGUCUUAAGAUGGUUAGAUAGAAAACUUAUAAGGUUAGUUAGCACCUUUGCUGAUUAUCAAAAGGAUGAUGUUAAUUCUUUUCAUUUAUCAUCUGAAUUUUCCAUAUAUCCGCAAUUUAUGUAUCAUUUGAGAAGAUCCCAUUUUUUGCAAACUUUUAAUGCAAGUCCUGAUGAAACAGCAUAUUAUAGAACCAUUUUGUUAAGAGAAAACGUUAUGAAUUCAUUAAUUAUGAUUCAACCAGCAUUAUUACAAUAUUCUUUUGAUUCUCAAACUCCUAUACCCGUUCUAUUAGAUGCACAAUCUUUAAAAUCAAAUGUUAUUCUUUUAUUGGAUUCUUAUUUUCAUAUUGUUAUAUGGUAUGGAGAAAUGAUUUAUCAAUGGAGAGAACAAGGGUUUCAUGAAAAGCCGGAAUAUGAACAUUUCCGGCAAUUACUUAACGCACCCCAUGAAGAUGCAAAAUCUAUAUUAGAAGAUCGAUUUCCUAUACCGAAAUUUGUUUUAUGUAAUAGUGGAGGAAGUCAAAGUCGAUUCUUAUUAGCAAAAGUCAACCCAUCUACUACACAUAAUUCUUUAAGUGGAAGCACAUUCGGAACAUCAACUAACGAAUCUUACAUAAUUAAUACAGAUGAUGUUUCUUUAAAAAUAUUUAUGGACCAUCUUGUAAAGCUAGCUGUUCAAGCAUAA